GGAAGGGUCGGACGUUGAAAUUUUCGCGGUUCACGACACAACAUACAGCAGUGAAAUAAACGUGUUAACCACUAAAUAAAUAACGUUGCCCGGGAACAUCAAAUAAGACUGUAAACAGCUAAAUUCCAGCUACAACUGGUGCUUGUGGUCUUCAUAGAUAUUUUGAAUUUAUCAAAUCAGUUUCCAGCGUGGUGUGUAAGUUUCCAAUAAACUUCAGCGCAAUGGAUCUAAUGCAAGCAGCAGAGGAGAAUGAUAUUUUGGAGGCAGAAAAACUGUUGAAUUCCGGUGCAGACGUUAACUUUACAGACAACAAUAGAAAUACACCACUGCAUGUCGCGGUAGCAUCCGGAAAUCCGAAACUUGUAGAACUGUUGCUGAACCGUGGAGCUAAAAGAGAUGCUGUGAGCGGUGACGCAUCAAUGGGUGGAGAGAACAAACAUGCGGUAGAAGCGGUUUUAUUGAAGAUGGGGAAAUUCCGAGAGGUUCAGCAACAAGGAAAAAUAAACAAGGGAAUUCUGUACGAGACAAAGUUGCUGACCAUGGUGCUGUUCCGGGUGCUCCACGUUGGUAGUAGUGACAGUUUUUAUUUGGGAAGCAGCGAUGCUGAUGUAGGCGUUUUCGAUGACAUCAUUCUCAGAACCAGUUGCGAUGGUAAAACCCAUCUGCAGUUUUUACAAGUGAAACACAAAAAUCCCGGUUUUACAGUUAAUUUCCAAGAUUUGAUCAAACCGGAAAUCACAGAAAAUGAUUUUAACUUAUCAACAUACUUUGAGAGCUUCUUGAAAAUACGUUACAAAUUUAGCCCAGUCAGUGCUGAUGUGAUAUUUAAAGGAGAAUAUGAAAACAUGGACGUGGAGCUGAUAGUCUUAACCCCAGCAAAGUUUAUUUUUCCUAAGGAUACUUAUUGCAAAGAAACAAAUAGUCGAGAUACAUUUUACACCACAUAUUUAGGAAAAACUCUACAAAUAGAGUGCACUGAAACAAUUUUAGCGAUUUUAACAACUGAAUCUAAAAAGUGGCACCAAAAAAUUAUCGCGGAGAUUUUGGCUAAAAUAAUUAUCAUACAGAACUAUAACACAAAUAACCUGAAAGAUUCCAUAUCAAAAAUUGAACACGAAAAUGUAGUGAGCACCUUGGCUGGCGAAAAUUGCGACUUUAAUGGUUCGAGUUUAUUGCGACUGUACAACAACCAACGAUUUGUUACAGUAAGUACGAAAGAUUUGAAAAAGAUGUGUGAUGAUAUUGUGGACAUGAUCGACGAAAAACUUUUACCGACCAGUGAGGAGCAUCAUAAUUUAGUGCAUGAUUUUUUAUCCAAACUAAGAUUUAACUCUGAACAGGCUACAACAGGCUGGACGCCAUUACAUUUUGCAGCAUAUUAUGGCCACGAUAUAAUAGUUGAACAUCUUCUGGAAAAAUCAAUCGACAUCAACACAGCCACAACUGAAAUAGGUUCGACUGUAUUGCAUUCGGCAGCUCUGAAAGGAAAUGAUAAAAUUGUUCAAAUUUCACUCGAAAAAGGAGUAAAUAUUAACCGUAGCAUGGCGGAAAUAGGAAUCACUCCAUUGCAUCUGGCAGCACGGGAAGGAUUGACCGACAUUGUGUCCUUGUUGCUGUCAAGAGGAGCAAAUACUGAUAGGGAUACUUUAGUUGAUGGUGAAACAGCGUUGCACAUUGCCGCCCGAAAAGGUCAUCUGGAAGUUGUUCAGCUGUUGUUGAAAUAUGGUGCAGAUUUUAACAAGAGAACAAAAACCGAUGGCUCAAUGCUUUUACACUAUGCAGCACUGAAUAAUAACCCUGGCAUCAUACAAUUAUUAGUUGAAAAGGGUGCAAACAUUGACUGCACUACCGCAAUUGAAGGUCGCACUCCUUUGUUUGACGCUUCUCUUAACGGUGCCAUUGAUGCUGUCAAAAUUCUCCUCGAAAUGGGAUCAAACGUUCAUCUCGGAGCGACUGGCAACGCUUACACGCCAUUGCACUGUGCAGCACAAGAGAAUCACCCUGACAUUAUCAAGUGUUUGGUUGCGAAGGGAGCCAACAUUGACUGCACUACCUCUGAUGAAGGUCGAACUCCUCUGGUUCAGGCGUCUAUUUACGGCGCCAUUGAUGCUGUCAAAAUUCUCCUCGAAAUGGGAGCAAACGUUCAUCUAGGAAGGACUGACAACGCUUACACGCCAUUGCACUGUGCAGCACAAGAGAACCACCCUGAAAUCAUCCGGUUGUUGGUUGCGAAGGGAGCCAACAUUGACUGCGCAAUAUCUGAUGAAGGUCGAACUCCUCUGGUUCAGGCGUCCAUUUACGGCGCCAUUGAUGCUGUCAAAAUCCUCCUCGAAAUGGGGGCAAACGUUCAUCUCGGAACAACUGACGAUGCUUACACGCCGUUACACUGUGCAGCAGAAAUGAACCACCCUGAAAUCAUCAGGUAUUUGGUUACGAAAGGGACCAACAUUGACUGCACUACCUCUGAUAACGGUCGAACUCCUUUAUUUCAAGCGUCCUUGUGUGGAUCCAUUGAUGCUGUCAAAAUUCUCCUAGAAGUGGGAGCAAAUGUUCAUCUUAGUUCGACUGUCGAUGCUUACACGCCAUUACACUGUGCAGCACAAAAGAAUUUCCCUGAAAUCGUUAGAUUAUUGGUGAAAAAGGGAGCCAACAUUGACUGCACUACCUCUGAUGAAGGUCGAACUCCUUUGUUUGAGGCUACAUUGUGUGGAUCCAUUGAAGCUGUCAAAAUUCUCCUCGAAAUGGGAGCAAACGUUCAGCUCGGAACAACUGACGAUGCUUACACGCCAUUGCACUGUGCAGCAGAAAAGAACUACCCUGAAAUCAUCAAGUGUUUGGUUGCGAAGGGGGCCCACAUUGACUGCACUACCUCUGAUAACGGUCGAACUCCUUUGUUUGAGGCUGCCUUUAACGGUUUCAUUGAUGCUGUCAAAAUUCUCCUCGAAAUUGGAGCAAACGUUCAUCUAGGAAGAACUGACAACGCUUACACGCCAUUGCACUGUGCAGCACAAAAGAAUUUCCCUGAAAUCGUUGGAUUCUUGGUUGCGAAGGGAGCCAACAUUGACUGCACUACCUCUGAUGAAGGUCGAACUCCUCUGUUGGAGGCCUCUCAUAACAAUGCCAUUGAUGCUGUCAAAAUUCUCCUCGAAAUGGGUGCAAACGUUCAUCUCGGAACGAUUGACGAUGCGUUCACGCCAUUGCACUGUGCAUCUCAGAAGAAUUGCCCUGAGAUUAUAAGAUUAUUAGUUGAAAACGGUGCAAACAUUGACUGCACCACCUCUGUUGACGGUCAAACUCCUUUGUAUCAGGCGUGUGUAAGCGGUUUCAUUGACGCUGUCAAAAUUCUUCUCGAAAUGGGAGCAAAUAUUCAUCUUGGAUCGUCUGACAACGCUUACACGCCAUUGCACUGUGCUGCACAACAGAACUACCCUGAAAUCGUUGGGUUGUUGGUUGCGAAGGGAGCCAACAUUGACUGCACUACCUCUGAUGAAGGUCGAACUCCUUUGUAUGAGGCUUUUCUUAACGGUGCCAUUGAUGCUGGCAAAAAUCUCCUCGAGUUAGGAGCAAACGUUAACCUCGGAACGGUUGACAAUGCGUUCACGCCAUUGCACUGUGCAUCUCAAAAGAAUUGCCCUGAGAUUAUAAAAUUGUUAGCUGAAAGCGGUGCUAACAUUGACUGCACCACCUAUGAUGAUGGCCAAACUCCUUUAUUUCAAGCGUCCUUGUGUGGAUCCAAUGAAGCUGUCGCAAUUCUUCUCGAAAUGGGAGCAAACGUACAUCUCGGAACGACUGUCGAUUCUUUCACGCCAUUACACUGUGCUGCACAACAGAACUACCCUGAAAUCGUUGGAAUGUUGGUUAAAAAGGGAGCCAACAUUGACUGCACUACCACCAUUGAAGGUCGAACUCCUUUGUUUGAGGCUUCGCUUAACGGUGCCACUAAUGCUGUUAAAAUUUUACUCGAAAUGGGAGCUAACGUUAAUCUAGGAAGGACUGACACUGCUUCGACGCCAUUACACUGUGCAUCUCAGAAGAAUUGCCCUGAGAUUAUAAGAUUGUUGGUGGAAAACGGUGCAAACAUUGACUGCACCACCUCCGAUGAAGGUCGAACUCCUUUGUAUAUGGCGUCUGUUAACGGUGCCAUUGAUGCUGUCAAAGUUCUACUCGAAAUGGGAGCAAACGUCCAUCUCGGAACGACUGACGCUUCGACGCCAUUGCACUGUGCAGCAGAAAUGAACUACCCUGAAAUCAUCAGGUUUUUGGUUGCGGAGGGCGCCAACAUUGACUGCACUACUUCUGACGAUGGUCGAACUCCUUUGUAUCAGGCGUGCUUGAAUGGAGCCGAGGAUGCUGUGAAAAUGCUUCUUGAUAUGGGUGCUAACGUUAACCUGGGCGUUGCAGAAAAAGGUUUAACUCCAUUACACUUGGCAGCACAAAAGGACCAGCCUGAGAUCGUUCAACUGCUAGUGGCUAGAGGAGCAGACAUAAACUGCACAACCACGGAUGACGGUCGAACUCCACUGUUCGAGGCUUGUCGAAAUAGCGCCUUGAAUGCGGUGGAAAUGCUUUUGAAGUUGGGUGCUAACGUUCAUAUCGCGCGAACGUCCUGGCCUUAGGUGCUAACGUUCAUUCAAUUGAGUUCGAUAAAUAGUGUUUAAGCUUGCGCGGAGAAGAACAAGAUACCCGUUA